UACACUUGUUUCAUUUAGUAACACCAGCAGUAACGAUAGUUAAAAUGACGGACCAGAAAGCAUUGGAACUUAUGUUUCAACGUCCAUUGGAACCUAUCUUCACUUCCAGGGAUAAUGGUAAAGCUGCGUUUGAUGUACCUGAUAGCUACUAUACGGAUCGCUAUCAAAGUGCUAGAGAUGAAGUGCAAUUAGAUCGAUUUGGUGAUGAUGUUGAAACUAAAAUUCCUCUAAGAGAAUUGGCAAAGAAGCCAAAUUUAGAUUUCACUAAGAAGCUUGGAAAACGCCAACAAUUUUCUCUGUUUAAUGACAAGCAUAAGGAAAUUGCUGGUAAACUUAUAAAAAUAUUCCUAGAUGCACCAGAUGUAGCCAGUUUAAUUCCACUUUGUGCUUACGUCAAGGAUCGCGUUAAUCCAGUACUCUUUCAAUAUUGUUACUCAGUGGCUAUACAACACCGACGGGAUACACGGGAAGUACAAGUACCACCAAUCGCUGAAACUUUCCCAGCUAAUUUUGUAGAACCGGCUGCAUUUUUAGAUGCCCGCGCUGAAGGUUCUCUUAUUGGCAAUGCUGGUUCCAGGGUACACAUCGAAAUUCCACAAAACUAUACAGCUUCGGAUCGUGAAGAUGAGCAACGUUUAGCUUUCUUCCGUGAAGACAUUGGCGUUAAUAUGCAUCACUGGCAUUGGCAUUUAGUAUAUCCUACUGAAGGUCCACGUGAAGUCGUUGCAAAAGAUCGUCGUGGUGAACUUUUCUAUUACAUGCAUCAUCAACUGUUGGCACGUUACAAUGUCGAACGUUUCGGUGCUAGUUUAGCAAAAAUCAAACCUCUUAGCAAUUUACGUGAUCCGAUAACCGAAGGAUAUUUUCCUAAAAUUUUGAGUUCCGUUAAUAACCGAACAUAUCCUGGUCGUAUAUCUAAUCAAAAAUUGACUGAUGUUAACCGCGAAGAUAAUAAUAUUGAGAUUUCCGAAGUUGAACGUUGGAGGGAUCGUAUUUUCGCUGCAAUUGACCAAGGCGUUGUUUUUGAUUCUACUGGAGCAAAUAUUCCACUUGACGAUGUACGUGGUGUUGAUAUACUUGGUGAUUUAAUUGAAGCUUCAUCCCUAUCCGUUAAUAGACAAUUUUAUGGUAAUCUACAUAAUAUGGGACAUAAUCUAAUUUCACUAGCACAUGAUCCUGAUGCGCGCCAUUUAGAGGAAUUUGGUGUUAUGGGUGAUGUAACAACCGCAAUGCGUGACCCCGUCUUUUAUAGAUGGCAUACGUUUAUUGAUAAUAUUUUUGCUAAAUUUAAAAAACUACUUGAUCCCUACAAUGAGUCGCAUUUGGGUUUUAAUGGCAUUACUGUUGAUUAUAUUGAAGCUAAAAUUAGAUCCAAAAAUUCUCGUCCAAAUACUUUAUUGACUUAUUGGCAAAAAUCUGAUGUUGAUUUAGCUGCUGGUUUAGAUUUUGGACCAAAUGGUAAUCUUUAUGCUUCAUUUGUGCAUCUGCAACACGCACCGUUCGACUACACAUUCAAUGUAACCAACGCUACUGGUAGUAAAAAGAAGGGCACAUGCCGCAUAUUUAUUUGCCCAAAAGUAGAUGAACGUGGUACACCUUUGAAAUUGGAAGACCAACGUUUAUUGGCUAUUGAAAUGGAUAAAUUCACAGUUGAUUUACAAGCUGGUGAAAAUACUAUACGCCGUCGUUCGGAUCAAUCAUCGGUAACCAUACCAUUUGAGCGCUCAUUCCGGCGUAUAGGUGAACAAUAUCAACCGAAAGCUGCAGAUGAAUUGGCAAAAUUCCGUUUUUGUGGUUGUGGUUGGCCACAACAUUUGUUAUUGCCUAAGGGUAGAGCUGAAGGUAUGAUGUUUGAUUUAUUCGUCAUGAUUUCAGACUACGAAGGUGAUAAAGUUGAAGAAACUAAUACAAGUCCUGAUGUAUGUGGCGAUGCUUAUUCAUUCUGUGGUUUAAAAGACAAAAAGUAUCCAGACAGACGUACCAUGGGCUAUCCUUUCGAUCGACGCUUACCUGGUGAUAAUCUGACUGCAUUAGUCGGAUCAUUCCCAAAUAUGAAAAAAACUGAUAUCAAUAUUAUUUACAAUGACCGGGUAGUUGAGAAGAUGUAGACAUGCUAAAAAUAAUUAUGAUACUGAAAUUGGCCUUUGACGUUUCAAAAAUGAAUAUAUUAUACUAACAAUUUUUUAUAUAACCUUUUAUUCAAUUUAAUUUAAUUUUAAUAA